AUGUCCAAAAUGGAUCACUUAACAAAUAAAAAUUCUUUGUUAUACAAAUUAUCUUCACGAACGAGUGUGACUCGUCGAGACUUGCUGGGAGCUGAAAAUGCUCCUUGUUAUACUUUAUUACCUCAGAGGAGGUUGGCCCGGGCGGCGAGAGGAAUCGCCCGGAGGAAAAUCCAAGAGUACUAUGGGAUGACGACCAAAGGACCGGACCAAGGUAAAAUUGAAACUGCUGACUGGAAGAGGAGAACGUGCCACCAUCUCCCUGAAGUGGAGACAAACACCCAGGGAAAGAAGAGGACGAUGGAGGAGGCUGAAGCGUCAGAACCGACCAUGAAGAGACGCAAAGUGGCUGAAGAUGGCAAUGCAGUAAUCAGGAGAGUUCUCCGGCCAGCAAAGAUAGGCGCCAAACGGAAGCGGAACGUCAGGGCCAGAGCAGUCGGUUACUUCCCUCAAGUGUUGAGAAACACUGAUGGAAUGAAGAGGAACCUGGAGGGCGCCAAAGAGACAGCCCCGAUCACCGAGCCACGAAGAACGGACCAAGACGGAAAGGCAAGUCCCCGAAGGCCACUGCUAAAAGCGAAGCGAGGAGGCAGAAAGGCAGAGGUUUUACGGAAGAGGAACUUGAACAAUUCCCUGACAGAGGCACUAGACAGCCAUGGAAGGAAGAGGAAGAGGGAAGAGGAGAAAGAGGAGGACAAGGUGGAAGAAGAAGCAUGCAAGACGGAGCUGCUGAACAAAAGACGGAAGGCAGAUCCAGACUCGCUCGGAGCCAAAAAGGCUCGUCCUCUCGGUCCGGCAAAGGCACGGCAGCGACUCCCCCGACAGGCAAAGGCCAAUGCAGUGGCGAGAAUCAACGAUCUCUAUGGUGCCAAGGCUCAGAGGGCCGAGCAGGGACCAAAGGCGGCGGCGGCGGCGGCGGCACCUGAGGGCAAGACAGAAGAGGCGGCAAUGAAAGGGAAAAUGAAUGAGGAUGGAAAGACAAGAGAAGAGAAGGAAGUGAAGAAAGGGAAUCUUCCUCCUCCCAAUGAACCCCAAAAGGAGCUGCCUGGAAGGAAGGAAGUGAAGGACCAGCCGCUGGCAAAGAAGAUGCCUGGAAAGGGGAAACUCAAGGACGAGCCGCCACCAGAGAAGAAGCCUAGAGGAAGGAAAGCGAAGGACGCCAAAGUACCCAAGGACCAAAAGAAGGGGAAAGGAAAGCCCACAGUCGAAAAAUUGAGCGAGGCUGAGGUGAAAAGGCUUCUGCUCAAAGGACAAGAGUUGGGUUCGGGAGCCUACGGAACUGCCUUCAAAGUCCUUCACAAGGGAAAGCAAGCAGUGCUGAAAGUGGCCAAUGACAACCAGUGGACAGUGAGAGCAGCCUUCAAAAACGAGGCUAAAACGCUAGAGGAACUACAGGGCGCGGGAGGAGCUCCUAUGCUACUUGGGACCUGUAGUAAGCCAGCCGCCAUCCUCAUGGAAUAUUGUUGUGGCGAAGAGUUCUAUUCGUUCAUAUACGACUCGAAGACCUUGCCUUCCCUCGCCUUGCAAGCACUUCCGGACAUUGCGAGGAGGCUCCACGAAAUCCACCUGGCAGGCUAUAUCCAUGCGGAUUUGAAGACAGAUAAUGUGAUGGUCAACAAACAGGUGCAGCCCCGAAUAAUCGACUUCGGAUUAGCAGUGAAAAGGGGCACCAAGACAAAGGUAUGGCUCAAUAUGUCUGAGUCCAUUUACGAGCCAGAGUACACAAGAGGUGCGUCCGCUCAGCCCUGGGGAGACGUCUACUCCAUGGGAUGUCUGGUUGAAGAUACUAUAUACGCCCUCUACGAUGACAUCCCGAAGGAUUACGAGGAUAUAAUAAACAUGGCCAAAAAUAAAAAUCCUAAACUUCGACCAACUGUGCCCGAGUUGGUGGAGCAGCUGGAUGCAGCGUGGCGGAAACCAAAUCUACAAUAG